AUUGGGUGGGCGGCUCCCGGAGAAGAGGGAGUGCGGCUGUCUCGGCUGCCAGCCCUGUGGCUGCAAUUGGCUAGGCUUCGCCCACGCCCGAACUCUGAUAGGGCCACAGGCGCCCUAGACUCCGCCUUCGCACCCAAAUUCCGUUAGCAGGCGCCUGACGCUAAUCGCCUCUUCGGGCUGUAGUUUUUCGUCGCUAGACGCAGCGUGAUGACGUAUCACCGACGUUCCACAUCCAAGAUGGCUGCGGUCAGCAAGGAGGGACGUCGCUAAGGGGCUUGCUUACCUAGGCGCGGGGAGUCUAAGAUUUUCAGAGAACUAUUUGGAAGGAACAAAUCUACUUCAAUAAAUGAAGGAGAAUAAAGAAAAUUCAAGCCCUUCAGUGACGUCAGCAAACCUGGACCACACAAAACCAUGUUGGUACUGGGAUAAGAAGGACCUGGCUCACACGCCCUCACAGCUCGAAGGGCUUGACCCAGCCACAGAGGCCCGGUACCGCCGAGAGGGGGCUCGGUUCAUCUUUGAUGUAGGCACGCGUUUGGGCCUACACUAUGACACCCUGGCAACUGGAAUAAUUUAUUUUCAUCGCUUCUACAUGUUUCAUUCCUUCAAGCAAUUCCCAAGAUACGUGACAGGAGCUUGUUGUCUCUUUUUGGCUGGAAAAGUAGAAGAAACUCCAAAAAAAUGUAAAGAUAUCAUCAAAACCGCUCGUAGUUUAUUAAAUGAUAUACAGUUUGGCCAGUUUGGAGAUGACCCAAAGGAAGAAGUAAUGGUUCUGGAGAGAAUCUUACUACAGACCAUAAAGUUUGAUUUACAGGUUGAACAUCCAUACCAGUUUCUACUCAAAUAUGCAAAACAACUCAAAGGUGAUAAAAACAAAAUUCAAAAGUUGGUUCAAAUGGCAUGGACCUUUGUAAAUGACAGUCUCUGCACCACCCUGUCGCUGCAGUGGGAGCCGGAGAUCAUAGCGGUGGCAGUCAUGUAUCUCGCAGGACGUUUGUGCAAGUUUGAAAUACAAGAAUGGACCUCCAAGCCCAUGUACAGGAGGUGGUGGGAGCAGUUCGUUCAGGAUGUCCCCGUUGACGUUUUGGAAGACAUCUGCCACCAGAUCCUCGAUCUGUACUCACAAGGAAAGCAGCAGAUGCCUCACCACACCCCCCAUCAGCUGCAGCAGCCCCCGUCUCUCCAGCCUCCACCACCAGUGCCGCAGGUACAGCAAUCACAGCUGUCUCAAGGCUCAGAGCCAGCCCAGUCCCAGCAGAAGGAGGCACAGCAGUCAGCCCAGCCCCCGCCGCCACCACCGCAGGCUCAGCAGCCCAAGAAGCCCUCUCCACAACCCAGCCCUCCCCGCCAGGCAAAGCGUGCUGUGGUUGUUUCUCCCAAAGAAGAGAAUAAAGCAGCAGGCCAGAGCACAAGGGUCCCAGGCCGUGAAUCUGCCUGUGUUGAAGACCAGGAAGUGAGAGAUGUGGCCAUGAUGCCGGGAGCCGCGGUCAGUGCCGCACAGGCACAGGUCACUUUCAGUUUCAGGACGGAAGCCGCACUGGAACCACCGCCACCUAAAAUCCCCAAAAUUGAGACCAGUCACCCACCGCUGCCUCCAGCCCACCCACCACCAGACCGGAAGCCUCCCCUCGCUGCCACCUUGGGUGAGGCUGAGCCACCUGGCCCGGUGGAUGCCAGCGACCUUCCCAAAGUGCAGAUC